ACUGUUGUGUUCGUCUUGUGUAGUGUCAGAGUGUUCGUCUUGUCGACCUUAUUUUUUAGUAGCCUAACUUAAUUCCUGUGGUUUGAUAUAGAAUUUUUAGUGUAAAUAAUUCACAUUAUCAUCUUUAAAGUGUUAACAAUGGUUAGAAGCGGACAUCAUAGGAAGAGAUCAAGGAGCAGAUCAGUAACCCCAGACCAUAAACGCAGUAAAUCUUCACGAGAUUAUGACAAAGAUAGAUUAUCAAGAAGAUCAAGAGAUAGAGAGCGAUUAAGGAGAUCAUGGAGUAGAGAUAGGAAGCCUACCUGUUUUAGAAAAGAUAAAAGGGAUUCAGAGUCUCGAGGCAAGAGUAAACCAAAGUCUAAACACCGUUCAAGAUCUCGUUCUAGAUCAAGGUCCAAGUCAAAAGAAAAAAAUGACAAGGCAAAGAAGGAAGAGAAAAAAGAAGUUAAAGCAGAUGAUGAGCCCUUCGACCCAACUAACUUAGACAAGGAAGAAGAACAGAAAAGGCUUGAACUUGAAAUGCAAAAGAGAAGAGAAAGGAUAGAAAGGUGGCGAGCAGAACGCAAAAAGAAAGAAUUGGAGCAAGUGAAAAAGGAUAUGAAAAAUUCACUCGCAAACCUGCAACUUCCAUCAAAAAAGUGGAACCUGGAAGAUGACAGUGAUGAAGAGGACGAAGCCAAGACAGAAGGCAAAGCUGACGAAGUAGAGGAAGUUGAUACACUUGAUGCCUUCAUGCAGGAAGUACAAGAAGAAGUUAGAAAAGUAAACAAAAUGGACAGUAUAAAAUCAGGGACAGAAAAGGGACUACCUCCUCCCCAGCCGGGAUCAGGAGUGACGAUUGUUACUGGGGUUGCUAAGAAGAAAGCUACUGAAAAGAGGAAAGGAGAGCUGAUAGAGCAGAAUCAAGAUGGACUAGAGUAUCUGUCAGAAGAAGAGGAGGAGGAUUUAACCACCACAGCCUCAAAUCUCGCCAACAAACAAAAAAAGGAGCUUGCCAAAGUGGACCAUGCGGGAAUGGAUUACAUGUCAUUCAGAAAGUCAUUUUACUUGGAAGUGCCUGAAAUUACUAAAAUGACAACAGAAGAGGUGGAAGCUUACAGAGAGGAACUAGAAGGAAUUCGUGUUAAAGGCAAAGGAUGUCCUAAACCUAUCAAAACAUGGGCUCAGUGUGGUGUUAGCAAGAAGAUGAUGGAAGCUUUGAAAAAGCAAGACUAUGAAAAACCAACACCUAUACAGGCACAAGCCAUCCCUGCAAUUAUGUCAGGACGAGAUCUUAUUGGGAUCGCCAAGACUGGCAGCGGGAAGACACUUGCCUUCGUUCUGCCUAUGUUACGACACAUAAUGGAUCAACCUCCUUUGGAAGCUAAUGAUGGCCCUAUCGCCCUCAUCAUGACGCCCACUCGUGAGUUGUGUAUGCAAAUAGGCAAGGAGACUCGUAAGUUCACCAAGUCCCUCAACCUGAGGGUAGUCUGUGUGUACGGAGGUACAGGCAUAUCAGAGCAGAUUGCCGAGCUCAAGAGAGGUGCAGAGAUCAUCGUCUGCACACCUGGCCGCAUGAUAGACAUGUUAGCAGCCAACAAUGGAAGGGUAACAAAUCUCAAGCGAGUAACUUACAUUGUGCUGGAUGAAGCAGACAGAAUGUUUGAUAUGGGAUUUGAGCCUCAGGUGAUGCGAAUCAUCGAGAACAUUCGUCCAGACAGGCAGACUGUUAUGUUCAGUGCUACAUUUCCCAGGCAGAUGGAAGCGUUGGCUCGCAGAAUCUUGAAUAAACCUAUCGAGAUUCAGGUGGGUGGGCGCAGCGUGGUCUGUCGGGAGGUAGAGCAGCAUGUGGUAGUGUUGGAGGAGGAACAGAAGUUCCUGAAGCUGCUGGAGCUGCUGGGAGUGUACCAGGACCAAGGCAGUGUCAUUGUGUUUGUGGACAAACAAGAGAACGCAGACGCUCUGCUCAAAGAUCUCAUGAAGGCAUCUUACCCUUGCAUGUCUCUACAUGGAGGCAUUGAUCAGUACGACAGAGAUAGCACCAUUGUUGACUUCAAGGCUGGCAAAGUUAAGUUGUUGAUUGCCACAUCCGUUGCUGCUAGAGGGUUGGAUGUCAAACAGCUGAUAUUGGUGGUCAACUACGACUGUCCCAACCAUUACGAGGACUAUGUCCACCGCUGCGGUCGUACUGGCAGGGCGGGCAACAAAGGCUAUGCCUUCACAUUCAUCACCCCGGAACAAGAGCGAUACUCCGGAGACAUUGUCCGAGCCUUUGAACUUGCGGGAGUGACAGUCCCAGACCCACUACGCAACUUGUUUGAAGGCUACAAAGCGAAACAGCUAGCGGAAGGGAAAAAAGUUCAUAGUGGUGGUGGAUUUAGUGGCAAAGGCUUCAAGUUUGAUGAACAAGAAGCCCAGAUGGUAAAUGAAAAGAAGAAGUUUCAAAAAGCUGCUUUGGGUCUCCAAGAUUCUGACGAUGAAGACUUGGAAGGUGACAUUGACCAGCAGAUUGAGAGUAUGUUAGCUCCAAAACGUAUUGUUAAGGAGAUUAAAGCCCCUCUAGGCUCUUUGAACCCUACGUCUACUACGCAAGCAGGUACAACAACCUCCCCAGCCCAGGUGACUACAGACAAGUUGGAGCUGGCCAAGAGGCUAGCCUCCCGUAUCAACAUGGCCAAGAACCUCGGGGCUGAGGCCAAGGGAGCUACACAACAGGCUGCAGAGGCCAUACUGAAAGGAGGUGGUUCCCAGCCCAUAAUUACAGCUAAGACAGUAGCUGAGCAGCUUGCAGCGAAACUCAACACUAGACUCAACUACCAACCUAAGGACAACGAGGAUAAGUCUGAAGAUGAACAGGUCGAGACAUUCCGUAAAUAUGAGGAGGAGCUUGAGAUAAAUGACUUUCCACAGCAAGCCCGCUGGCGUGUCACUUCCAAGGAGGCGUUGGCCCAAAUCUCUGAGUACUCAGAAGCGGGUAUCACAGUACGAGGGACGUACUACCCCCAGGGCAAGUCACCUCCUGAGGGUGAACGUAAGCUGUUCCUGGCCAUCGAGAGCACCAACGAGCUGGCUGUGUCCAAGGCUAAGAUUGAGAUUACUCGACUCAUCAAGGAGGAGUUGCUCAAACUGCAGACCUCCGCUCACCACAGUAUCAACAAAGCUAGAUAUAAAGUCUUAUAAUUCCUUAUUACCACAUUUUGUCUAUAAUUUUUUCAUCUUUGACUAUUUACCACUCUUAGUAUCACUUGGAAAUAGAUGCAAUAA